GUCAAGUGUUACAAGUGUUCAAUAAUGUGAAUAAAGCUGAAAUUCAGUUUGUUGAUUUUGGUGGCAACGCACAGGUUAACAUGGAUGAAAUAAUACAGAUGCACGAUGACUUUACUCUACUUCCAUUCCAGGCAUCGGAGUGUUGUCUUGCUUCUAUUUCACCUUUGGAUGGUGAAAAAUGCUUUUCUGAGGAGUUUGUAACCGCUUUAGAACAGCUCACACCAUCAAGCACACCAGUACAGAUCCAAGCUAUUGAUUAUAAUGAUGCAAAACCAUUGGUCAAUCUUUAUACCUACCACAAUAACAUGAUGUGCUAUGUAAACAAAGAGUUAGUUGACAUGGGUUUGGCACAGUGGACACCAAAAAACAAAAACUCAGGCUGACAAGAUUUACAAUGUAUGAGAUUUAGAAAAGUUAUUUAUAAUAUAAAGGAAUAGAAAUAAAACAAUGUC